UCCCGCUAUAGACUUCUUCUUCCCCAGAAGCAACCUCCGAUUCCCUCUCUCUCUCUCUCUCUCUCACAGUCUCUCUUUCCGGCGAGAUAUGGAGGCCUCCGGUGCAGUUCUCCGGCAAUCAACGGUGGUCACCGGUGAGGGAUGGUUGUCUGGAAGGAGAGGGAUGGUGAGGAAAGGAAUAGUAUCAGUGCCUGGUAGGAGAUUUGUUGAUGAUGGGCAUUUGAGGUACUAUGUCUCUUGUGGAGGAAAGAAGAAGGAUGAGAAGAAGAAGAGGGCCAAAUUGGUGAAGGGAUUGGAGAAGGACCUUUCAGCACUUUACUCCAUUGGAUUUGGAGUUGAGCAUGAACAUGGCUUAACAGGGGAGAUCCAGAACAAGAUGUUCUCUGAAGCGGCAGAAGUUUUGCUGAAACAAUUGAAACAGUUGAGAGUUGAAGAUGAGGAGAUGAAGAGAAAGAGGAAAGAAGAGAAGGCUGUAAAGAAGGCUGCUAAGAAGAUGAUGAUGAUGAAGGAAAAAGAGGAUGAUGAUAGUGAGUCUUCCUGCUCUUCUGGUUCAGAUUGCUGCUCUGCAACAAUGGAACUUAAAAACCUUGAGACAUUGAUGCCAAGAAAUGAAUCUAAUAACAGUAUCAGCAAUUUGGUGAUUGAGGAAAAGCAAGCAGGUCUCAUGAACAAGAUUGAGGUUUGUAUGGGUGGUAAGUGCAAGAGGUCAGGAGCAAUGCAGUUGCUGGAAGAGAUUGAUAAGAAGGUUGGUGUUGAAGGUGCUGUUGUUGGGUGUAAGUGCAUGGGCAAGUGUAGAGAUGGACCAAAUGUGAGGGUCUUGAAAAAAGAUGGUGGUGAAGAGGAGAUUCUCAAGCAGGGGAGGAAUCCUCUGUAUCUUGGUGUUGGGUUGGAGGAUGUGGGUGCUAUUGUGUCCAACUUUUUUGUGGAGAAGAAGGAUUUGGCUCUCUCAUCAGCUUAAAACUAGUAGUCAUUUCUUUCUCUCUGUGUGUUUGUGUGUAUGUACAGAGAGUUGUUCUGUAAUGUCUAGUUCUUUUUACAUCAAAACAAAACUAUUAUUUGUUUUGUUUUGGUGUAAUUCUCUCUCACAUGUAAAUAUGUCCUCUACCUUGUCACCAAGAUUGAUGUAGUAAGAUAGAUACUUUAAAUAGGUAUGUAAGCUGAGAUGCUAUGUAACAUGUUCUUUUACAUACAGUUAUAAUACUAUUCAAUUGAAAAA